CUCUCUAAAAACCGUUCUUUCUCUCACCUAAUCUAUUCCUUCGAUGUCACUAACACGCAGACUCCGAUAACUCGAUUUCGGAAUCGGCCCUUGAUUUCGGCUUUGCUUCGGACACUAUAAAAGAAGUUGCAACAGUUGUGGGUGACUUUACUCUCUUUUGAGGGAGGAGAAUCGGCCAUGGCGGAGCCGGAAAGCUUCGAAACUGACCAACUAGGAAGCUCCAAGGCGGCUACUGCAGGGCAGGAAGAUGAUGAAGAAGAAAUGGAAGAUUCGGAGAAUGAAUCGGAGGUGGAGUUGGAAAGAGGAGGAGGAGGAGGAGUGGUGAGUGAGUUGCAACCGACUGAGUUGAGGACCGGUUCGUCGGUUAGUGAAGCUGUGGUGAGGGGUUCAUGUUCUGAAACCCUAACGGUUCUUUCUAUGAAUCAGUCCUCCGAGAACGGUCGGUGUGAUGGUUUGCCUGUCAAUUCUGCUGCGCAGUCACUUGAAGGAGCUGAAUUGAAGCCGCAAGCUCGAUCUUCCCGCAAUGAGCCUGUGGCUGUUGAAGCAACUCAGACAGAUAAGGUUCAAGAAGAAAGCCAGCUUCAGGUGUCAACAUGUAAAGGACCUGAUUCAGACCAAUCACCAACUUCAGUUACCCAGUCUAUCUCAUCCUCCGCAAGUCCAAGUUUAUCUGAACAUAAGAUGUCACCUAAGAAAGUCCAGAAAGAAUGUAAGGCAGAACCAAGCCAGAAAAAUUCCUCCAACCAUAAAACUGCAUCGUCUGUUCCCAAUGUAAGGACACCUGCUUCUGAUGGUUACAAUUGGAGAAAAUACGGUCAGAAGCAAGUGAAGAGUCCUAAGGGUUCACGUAGCUAUUACAAGUGUACAUAUUCUGAAUGCUUUGCUAAGAAGAUUGAAUGUUGUGAUCACUCAGGGAAAAUAACAGGGACUGUUUACAAGAGUCAACAUAGCCAUGAUCCACCUAGGAAGAUUAGUAUCCCGAAGGAAAGUAGGCUCGUCCCUUAUGUUGAGCCCGUGGUUAAAAAAAUCAUUGCAGAACAUUCCAGAAGAGUAAUUAAUGAUUCAGAUCCUCCUAUGCCUUCAAAAGAACCGUUACAGGAAACAGCUAUAGUCCUUGAAAGGAAACGACAGUAUUCAAAUGACUCUGAUGGAAAUGAUGAAUUUAAAAUCAAAGAUGAGAAUGACGAUGAACCUGAGACAAAACAGAAAGUUAAGAAAAGCAGUGCGGGAAACUCAGGUACUCCCUUAAAACCUGGAAAGAAACCGAAAUUUGUGGUGCAUGCAGCAGGUGAUGUGGGAAUCUCGGGUGACGGAUACAGAUGGCGCAAGUAUGGUCAGAAAAUGGUGAAAGGAAACGCUCAUCCUAGGAACUACUACCGAUGUACUUCUGCUGGGUGUCCAGUCCGUAAACAUAUCGAAUCAGCAGUAGAAAAUCCAAAUGCAGUAAUUAUAACAUACAAGGGAGUUCAUGAUCACGACAUGCCUGUACCGAAGAAACGACAUGGUCCACCAAGUGCUCCUCUUGUAGCUGCUGCAGCGCCAGUCUCCAUGAUCUAUACGCAACCAAAGAAAACCGACGCAGUCCAGAGCCAAAUUUCUUCAACACAGUGGUCUGUGGAUGCUGAAGGAGAGUUGACUGGUGAGGCCUUGGAGCUUGGGGGUGAGAAGGCAAUGGAAUCUGCUCGAACACUUUUGAGCAUUGGAUUUGAAAUCAAGCCUUGCUGAACCAAACGCCUUUCAAGGAGUAACUAUGGGGACUAUUUAUGAACAUGUAGCUGGGCUGCCUCUGUAUGAGUGAAAUAUUUGAUUAGCAGGUUUGGUUAUUUUUGAGCUAUUUCCUUUUGUUUUUUUUUCCUUCUCCCUUUUUUCAUUCUCCUCUUUCUCUUAGCCAUUUAUGUAACAGUUGUGUAAAUUUGGUUUCAACGUACACCUCCCUGAUAUGGCACUGAGAUGAUUUGCACUGUUUUUGCUACAUCUCUUUCCACUUUCCAGGGUUAGGUUCAAUUUCUGGUUUUUAGAAGAGACUGGUAACAACCUAGCAGCUUUCUUACUUUUUCCCCCCUCCAAUUUUAUUAAUGAGAGACUAUUAUUUCGGAUUGGUAUCACCA